UUUUAUCACUGCCCAUGUUACAUGCUCCCAUUGACUCACUCUCUCUACUUUCUCUCUCUAGCACCACCUCUUUCUCUCUCUAGCAUGCUUGUGUGGACCUCUGCUUUGCUGGCUCUGAGUUCACCACUGUUGGGCUUUUAUGUGGCUUGUCUGCUGAGCUGAGAAGAAAGGAAAAGGAAAGAAAGGCUCUUUCUUCUUUCAGUUUUUGCCUAAUCUAUAUCAUCAAAACAGCAACAAAUCUUUCACAUUUUUGAAGGGAGAGAAAAAGCAAACAAAACAAAACAACUAACUCCAAUUUCCAUGUUCAGUUCUAGAUCCAUAGAUCCAUAGAUUUGGUUUCACCACACACUCUUCACUUCCCUCUUGUUUCCAGAUCAUUCUCUUUUAUUUUUUUCAACUGGGUCAUCACCAUCAUCAUCAUCAUCCAAGUCCAACUUAGCUUCUUCCAAUUGUUGGGACUAUUAUAUCCAUUUGUGACUGAGAAAUUCUUGUGGUGAAGUUGUUCUUGGCUGGCUGAUAGAUGUGGAAAUUUGUGAAGGUUGUGGAGUGAGAUGAGGGAUGUUACCAGAGUUGAUGAACUUUCUGACGGCGUGCUUUCAACCGCGUUUGGAUCGAUAUGCACGCAGUGGUUCAGAUGCUGGAGGUAAACAAGAUGGGCUCUUGUGGUACAAGGACUCGGGGAAGCACUUGAAUGGCGAGUUUUCAAUGGCUGUGGUCCAAGCCAACAACUUGCUGGAGGAUCAGAGCUAUCUUGAAUCAGGUAGCUUGAGCACCAGUGAUUCUGGGCCUUAUGGCACUUUUGUUGGUGUCUAUGAUGGGCAUGGAGGGCCUGAGACAUCGCGUUAUAUCAAUGAACACCUAGUUCGCCAUCUCAAGAGGUUUGCUGCAGAACAACAGUCAAUGUCGGUGGAUGUAAUUCGGAAGGCAAUCCAAGCAACAGAAGAUGGAUUUAUGUCACUUGUUGCCAAACAGUGGUCAAUGAAACCACAAAUUGCAGCUGUUGGAUCAUGCUGUCUUAUUGGCGUGAUUUGUAAUGGAACACUGUACAUCGCAAAUCUUGGCGAUUCCCGGGCUGUUCUGGGAAGAGCGGUCAAGGCAACUGGGGAGGUUUUAGCGAUGCAAUUGUCAGCAGAGCAUAAUGCAGCAAUAGAGUCUGUAAGACAUGAGCUGCAAUCUUUGCAUCCUGAUGAUUCAAACAUUGUUGUUUUGAAGCAUAAUGUAUGGCGCGUGAAGGGCCUAAUACAAAUCUCUAGAUCUAUUGGUGAUGUAUAUCUUAAAAAGGCCGAGUUCAAUAGAGAACCACUAUAUGCUAAGUUUAGACUUCGUGAGCCGAUCAAGAGGCCGAUAUUGAGCUCAGAACCAGCAAUAUCAGUGCACCAGUUGCAGCCACAUGAUCAGUUUAUUAUAUUUGCAUCUGAUGGAUUGUGGGAGCACUUUACCAAUCAAGAUGCUGUUGAUAUAGUUCAAAAUCAUCCCCACAAUGGAAUUGCAAAGAGGCUGGUGAAAAUGGCCCUUCAGGAAGCAGCAAAGAAGAGAGAAAUGAGAUAUUCUGACCUGAAAAAAAUUGACCGCGGGGUUCGUCGGCAUUUCCACGAUGAUAUCACAGUGAUUGUUGUGUUUCUUGACUCCAAUCUUGUGAGCAGGGCAAGCUCUGGCAAGUUUACCAAUAUCUCUGUUAGAGGGGCUGGCAUCAACCUGCCCCCUAACAUACUGGCACCUUGUACUACACCAACAGAGGCUGGUUCUACCUAAGUCUUCAAGUUGUAUCUUUACUUUUUUGUCUUUCUUGUAUGAUUUUCUUGUGUGAAUACCAGGUACCUUCAAAUAGAGACAAUGAGAGGAGGAGCACUCCAAUUCUUUAAAUGUGAACUGUAACUUUCUAGAAUACUAAUACUCAUGUUCAGGUUCUUUCCCACAAAUUGAAAGAACAGAAGAGAUAUUCUGAUGACCAUUAUAAAAGUUGCCUUGGCACCUUUUUACCAUGUUCA